AUGGGGAGCAGAAUCAGCUCUGCAUCUAAAGAAUCGAUGAAGCGAUCACGAGAGCUUGAAAAAAGACUUAAGGAAGAUGCAAUCAAAGAUUCUAGGACAGUCAAGUUGCUGCUGCUGGGAGCUGGUGAAUCAGGCAAGAGCACUAUUGUGAAACAAAUGAAGAUCAUCCAUAACCAUGGCUACACGGAUCAGGAAUGCGAGGAGUACAAAUUGGUGGUUUACAGCAACACCCUGCAGUCCAUUCUGUUGAUUGUAAAGGCUAUGUCUGCCCUGGGAAUCGAAUAUGAGAAUGUGCAAAGCACUGAAGAUGAAAAGCAGCUUUACGCCAUGGCGGAGAUCACAGAGGAUGGGUCCAUGACUUCUGAACUGGCUGGCAUCAUCAAGCGCCUGUGGAAGGAUCCAGGGAUCCAGGCUUGUUUUGAGAGAGCAUCCGAGUAUCAGCUCAACGACUCUGCUGCUUAUGGUCAUCUGCAACGAUUUAAUUGCAAUCAGAUUUGCUUUUUUUUCCCCCUGAAUAAUCGAAUGCAUGAAAGUCUCAACCUCUUCAGCAGCAUCUGUAACCACAAAUGCUUUGCCAGCACUUCUAUUGUGCUGUUUCUCAACAAGAAAGACCUUUUCCAAGAAAAAAUCACUAAAACCAACCUUUGUGUCUGCUUUCCAGAAUACGAUGGACCCAACACUUUUGAAGACGCUGGAAAUUAUAUUAAGAAACAAUUUUUAGACCUGAACACCAGAAAAGGAGACAAGGAGAUCUACGCCCACUUGACUUGUGCCACAGACACUCAGAAUGUGAAAUUUGUGUUUGACGCUGUAACAGAUAUAAUCAUCAAAGAGAACCUCAAAGAUUGUGGACUCUUUUAA